AUCCUCUCCAUCCCCGGGGCUUGCAGGGACUUCCAGACUCCCAGACUAUUUCGGGCGAGUUUAAAAAUAUCCUGCCUGCAUUAAGGGGCAACAAUCCCAGCGGCAUGGCCGCAGAGCAGCCUCCACCCCCAGCUCUAGCUGUGCCCCCUCCCCUCCCAUGGACACCCCUCGGGGCCAGCCCAGGGGGCUGUAUCCUGCGGUCCCGGGCGCUGAGCCCCAUCCCAAAUGUCUGCGAUCGCCAUGACAACGCUGACUUCAGCCUCCGCCACCUACCCGGGCUCGGAGCCCGCUGGGUGCCGGCUGAUGGCUCGGUGCGGGCAGCGGUGAGUACUCCCCGUGCGCCCCUGUCCCUCGGGAUCCCACUCGCGGAUGGAAAAAAGGUUUUUUCCCGCUCUGUGCAGCAGCAGAAGGUAGACAGAAGGAGUCGAGCGAGUGGUGGGCAGGGGGUUGUGCAGGCAGCAUCGACCACGGGAGUCGCGUCUGCCGCGGGAGGUGCAAUGAGUGCACCGGCCUCAGCCAGGGGAGCGGGACCUGGCUUCUGUUUGCUGAGGACACAGUGAGGUGCUGGGGAGACGGUGAGGUGCUGGCGGUGGUCAGUGAGGUGCUGAGAUGCACUUAAGUACGAGGUGAGGUGGCUACCAAGCUGGAGAUGUGGUAGGUCCCAGCCCGGGGAAUCCCAGCUCCAAGUCUCGGGAGCUCGGGGGACCGAUGUGUGAUGUCCCCGAGAUGUCCGGGCAGCGUGUCCAGCCCGGCGCUGGCGCAGCAGUUUCCUUACAAGGAGUUUGGCUGGGGCCCGAGGCCGCCUUGGCCUCCGCCUGUCUCAUUCAUCGGCAGCCCGGCGGCGGAGGGGCUGCUGCUGCCCCAGACCGCGGCGGGCCACACGCCUUCUCCAGCAGCGGGUUUGAAGGACCGAGGAUGUCCUCGAUGUUUGGCAAACCCCGAGCCGGCGGCGAGCGGCCGCCCCAGAGCCCUCUCACCGAGUGCAACGUGGCCAUCCUGGGGUGCCGAGGCGCCGGCAAGUCAGCCCUGACCGUGAAGUUUCUAACCAAGAGGUUCAUAAGCGAGUAUGAUCCCAACCUCGAGGACACCUACACCUCGGAGGAGCUGGUGGACCAGCAGCCUGUGCUAAUGAAAGUGAUGGACACCUCUGACCAGGAUGGCCCUGGGAACUGUGAGCGUUACCUGCGCUGGGCCAGCGCCUUCCUCGUUGUCUAUAGCAUCGAUGACAGGAAGAGCUUCGAGGGCUGCCAGCAAUACCUGGAGGUCCUUGCCCUGCAUGCAAGGGGCUGCCAGCGCCGCUGCCCUGUGCUCCUGCUGGGCAACAAGCUGGAUAUGCAGCAGUACAGGCAGGUGCCUGCUGCUGAAGGGAUGUCGCUGGCGAGCAGGUUCGGCUGCCUCUUCUACGAGGUGUCGGCGUGCCAGGACUUCGCGGGGGUGCAGCAGGUCUUCCACGAAGCCGUGCGGGAGGUACGGCGCCAGGCGGAGCGGAGCCAGCCUCUCCGCCCGCUCUUCAUCACCGAGGAGCAGCCCUGCCCUCCGCUGGCCACCACGGUGGCCCUGCCAACCCGCCAGGGCUUGGCUAGCUGCACCCUCAACACCCUCUCCACUGUCAACUACAAGGAGAUGCCCUCGGUGGCCCAGGCCAAGCUGGUCACUGUCAAGUCUUCACGGGCUCAGAGCAAGAGGAAAGCUCCCACACUCACCUUGCUGAAAGGCUUCAAGAUAUUUUAGGUUAUAUCCCUGUGGACUGUGGAGGAGGAGGAGAGACCCCUGUUCCCCUAUCACUGGGGCUGAGCCCACCAUGCAGGCACCAUGGUGGAUGGUGGCCUCCAGCUCUGCACUGGGGUAAAGCCUGCAGUGGCAAUUUGAUGAGGAGACAUGGUGCUGAGAGCCCAGAAUGUGCUGUGGCAUUGCUCUGCCUGCCCUUGCCCUGGAUCUUAUCCCCUGCUGCUGUGCUCACACCCAGCAGGGGCCAGCCUGGCUUUCCACGUGGAUCUAGGCAGUUCCUGGAGCAGCUGGAGCUGCAGGCACCACUGGAAGGGUGAGAGCUGAACCCAUCCCCCCCCAGUCAGCUUGGGUGCCUGGCACCCAGCAAUGGGAGCCCAGGAAGGGGGAUAAUCGUUAAUCAAGCACAGAGGUACCCACCUCCUUUGUCUCAUGGGCCCCCUGAACAAGCAAUAAGUAGAAAGAAUUGUUGUUGUUUUUUCAAUCCAAAUGAGGAAGGUGCAGAUUUUGAUUCAGCCAGCUAAAACCCUCAGGUGUCCUGAAAUUGAUUCCCAUGCACUGAAAUGUACCAAACCAGCUGGGGUUUGAACCCAAUUUGUACACUGCAGUGCUCCUUUUCAAAGGCUUCCCAAGGAGAGAUGCUCCACUGCCAAGGACACGCUCUGCAAAGCCUGUGUUUAAAAGACUGGUAUGCUUCCAAAAAUGGCUUAAAUUAUUUCAUGGCUUUUACAUGCACCCAGUGAAGGGUGUGAAGUGAAUCCUAAGGCAGACCAGGCUCUACCUAUGCCAAGGGCUGUGCCUUCGGUUCCGUUUGCUCUAUCAGAUUAAACGUUCUGCUUCUCCCUGGAGAUGCAGAGUCAAAUAUCCAGGUGUACAUUUGUACAGAUAAAGAUAUAUGUGUAUAUAUAUGACCUUACUGAUGGAAAGAGAGCUUCACUGUGGGAUUUCAGUCAACCACUUUGGAAAAUAUUUUAAUAAAGGUGAUUUCUGAAAAGAA